UGGGGGCCGCGAGCUCUGCUCCCGCGAUCGAGAUGUUCCUGUACUGGGCGUUGCCCACCGUGCUGUAUCUGCUGUACCGCUGGAGUGUGGCCACAUACGAUUACUUCGAGAAGCGCCAGAUACCGUUCGUGAAACCGGUGCCCUUCUUCGGCCAGGUGCUGUCCUUCUUCACGCAAGCGAAGCAUGCGGUCGACGUCGCAUCCGAGGGCUACGAGAUGUUUCCGGACACGCGCAUAUCCGGCGUGUUCACCCUGCGAACGCCGGCCUACCUGGUGCACGAUCCGGUGCUGUACCAGCAGAUGGCGGGCCGCGACUUUGAUCACUUCUCCGAGCACGUAUCGGACCUGUCCGUCGAAACGGAUCCGUUGUUGGCGCGCUCGCUGUUCUUCGCGAAGGAAGCCCGCUGGCGGCACCACCGGGCGGGGCUGAGACCCGCGUUUACGGGUGCCAAAACCCGCGACAUGUUCGGGCUGCUGGUCAAGAGUGCGGGUGAUGCGAUGGAGCGGCUCGUGAGCUACUCGCGGGGGGAGCCAUUCACGAUGGAGCUACGGGAUCUGUACUCACGGCUCGCGAACGACGCAAUGUCCUCGAUCUCGUUCGGCGUCGAAGUGGACUCACUCACCGACCGUGAUAAUGAGUUUUUCGUGAAAGGCAAACGGUUGGCCAAGAUGGACGGACUGCCGGGGUUGAAGCUGCUGAUGACCGCGAUCCUGCCCGGGUUGUACCGCUUUCUGAAGCUGGGUGUCCUGUACGAGGACGUGAACGAGUUCUACCUGGAAGCGGUCGCGACCAACAUUCGCUACCGGGAGCAGCAUCUGAUCCGGCGGCCCGACUUUAUCCAUCUGCUGUUGCAACUGAACGAGCUGCAGGCCGAGCAGUCGGAAGAUGAGGUCCUCGAGAGUGUGGGCUUCUCGACGGCCGCCACGCCGCCCCCGAUGGUGAAUCCCGACGACGGGCGGCUCGAGUGGGAAGACAUCGACAUUACGGCGGCGGCCGCUUCGUUCUUCUUCGGAGGCAUCGAAACGACGACCACUCUGCUGUGUUUUGCGUGCUACGAGCUGGCCGUAAACCCCGCGAUCCAGCAGCGGCUCUACGCGGAGAUCCUCUCCGUCCGCGACGAGCUGCCCGAUGGAGUGACGCCAACGUACGAGGUCUUGCAGAAGAUGAAAUACCUGGAUAUGGUGGUUUCGGAGGCGUUGCGGCGCUGGCCUCCGUUUGGGCUCACGAAUCGGCGGUGCACCAAGGAGUACACCUUCACGAACAGCGACGGCACUCGGAUCACGAUCGAGAAGGGGAUGAACAUCUCGAUCCCCAUCAAGUCCUUUCACCUGGAUCCGAAAUUCUUCCCCGAUCCGCUGCGCUUCGAUCCGGAGCGAUUCGCGGACCCGGCGCGCUUCAACAAGGAAGCGUACGUUCCGUUCGGGAAGGGCUACCGGAACUGCAUCGGCUCCCGGUUGGCGCUGAUGCAAGCCAAGUGCUUCAUGUUUUACAUGCUGUCCCAAUUCAGCAUCGAGCCGGGCCUCAAGCUGACCGUUCCGCUCGUGCUGGACGAGACGUCGGCCGGACUGAACGCGAAGCACGGCUUCUGGAUGAGCCUAAUACCGCGCCACAUAUGAGAGGGCGCGCCUCACAACGCAACAGUGAUAAGAUAACCGGCCCGGGGCUCCUUAUCUAGGGCCCCGCCGAAAACCCCGCGAAUCGAGCCCGGCGACGGCGGCUCCCGUGUGAUAGGGCAGAGUUUGCGCUUGUUCCGGAGUCGCCCGAAGAGAGAUCCGAACGUUCCUUAGCCACGUGCAGCGUGGUACCGAUUGCUAGAAAUACGGCCCAAUAAACGAUAGCGAAUAAAGAGAUACGAAAGAAUCGUGUGAAACAGAGGAUAGUGGUGGGCUCCCUCGCGGUCUGGGGUCCGAGUCGAAGUCGAGCAGCAGAAGAGGAAUGUUCUCCGGGGCAGGGCAAGGUUAAUAUUCGAGUGCAUUUAUGUGGUUAACACCGACCGGCGGACUGGCGAACGGAGUGACAACAAACAAUUGAAUAAUCUGCCGGUCCAAUUCUCGAUCAGCAGAAUGGCCCACCAAC